CCUCUGCUGCCAGUGCGGCGUGCCCAUCCCGCCCAACCCGGCCAACAUGUGCGUGGGGUGCCUGCGGGCGCAGGUGGACAUCACCGAGGGCAUCCCCAAGCAGGGCACCCUCCAUUUCUGCAAGCAGUGCGAAAGGUAUCUUCAGCCUCCAGGAACCUGGAUUCAGUGUACCUUAGAAUCAAGAGAGCUGCUCGCUUUGUGUCUUAAAAAAAUCAAAGCUUCGCUGAGCAGGGUCCGGCUGAUUGAUGCAGGCUUUAUUUGGACUGAACCACAUUCUAAGAGGCUGAAGCUAAAACUGACUGUUCAGAAAGAGGUGAUAAAUGGAGCCGUUCUUCAGCAAGUAUUUGUGGUGGAAUAUAUGGUUCAGUCUCAAAUGUGUGAAGACUGUCAUAGGAUUGAAGCUAAGGAUUUCUGGAAAGCUGUAGUGCAAGUCAGACAAAAGACUCUGCACAAGAAGACUUUCUACUAUUUGGAGCAGCUGAUUUUAAAACACAGGCUUCACCAAAAUACGCUUCGCAUCAAAGAAAUCCAUGAUGGUCUGGAUUUUUAUUAUUCUUCAAAGCAACAGGCCCAGAAGAUGGUUGACUUUCUUCAGUGUACAGUUCCAUCUAGAUCAAAAUCAUCCCAACGUUUGAUCUCGCAUGACAUUCAUAGUAACGUCUACAAUUACAAAAGCACUUUCUCUGUGGAAAUUGUUCCAAUAUGCAAGGACAAUGUUGUAUGUCUGUCACCAAAACUGGCGCAGAGUCUUGGCAACAUGAGCCAGAUCUGUGUGUGCAUUAGAGUCACAAGUACCAUCCACCUCAUCGAUCCUAGCACGCUGCAGAUUGCUGAAAUUGAUGGAAAUACCUACUGGCGCCACCCAUUCAAUAGCUUGUUCCACCCAAAACAACUAGAGGAAUUUAUCAUUAUGGAUAUCAAUAGGGUUCAAGGAAAGAAAAAAGGUGCAGGUGCAGGGGCAAGAUCAAACAAGCACACGCUGGCUGAAGCCUGGGUACAGAAGACAUCGGAGUUGAACACGGAUCAUCAGUAUUUCUGCUGUACUCACUUGGGGCACAUUCUGAAUCCUGGUGACCUUGUCUUGGGAUUCGACUUGGCGAACUGCAACUUAAAUGACGAGUUUGCCAAUAAGAUGAACCCACACAAUAUUCCUGAUGUGGUAUUAAUAAAGAAGAGCUAUGACCGUACCAAACGCCAGCGUCGCAGAAACUGGAAGCUGAAAGAGCUAGAAAGGGACAGAGAAGGCACGGAUACAGAUGAUGAAAGACAAUACCAGGACUUCCUUGAAGAUCUCGAAGAAGACGAAGCCAUAAGGAAGAAUGUCAACAUUUACAGAAAUGCAGAUAUUCCAGUGGAGAGCGACACAGAUGAUGAUGGUCCUCCACGAAUCAGUCUGGCCGAAAUGCUAGAGGAUCUCCAUAUUUCCCAGGAUGCUACUGGUGGGGAGGGAGCAAAUAUGAUGACAGAAUAG